AUGGUUGGAAAACGUGGAAAGAGGGGCUCUACCAAUGAUACCCUCGUACCUUGUGGCCCUGAUGAGGUUCGGAUGGAAGACGGAACUGUAAGAAUUAUGACCGAGACGGAAUUACUUUCCAGGCGGAUUGACGACGCCACGGAAGAGUCUCUCGAUGCAACACGGCGAAUGAUGGCCAUGUGUGAAGAGGCCAAAGAGGCUGGCAUUUCCACAUUGGUCAUGCUAGACGACCAGGGCGAACAAUUGGACCGCAUUAACGAGGGCAUGGACCAGAUCAACGAGGACAUGAAGGACGCGGAGAAGAACUUGGACGAUUUAAACAAGUGCUGCGGUCUGUGCGUGCUGCCAUGGAAUAAACGAAAGGGCAAGGGAGACUUUGCCAAACAACUGAAGGACGAGGACGGCUUCAGCGGAGGCGAUGGGCCAAGAAUCAUCGUUGACCAAAACGGCAUGGGCCCGACCGGUGGCUACAUUACCAGGAUAACUAACGACGCCCGUGAGGAUGAAAUGGAUCAGAAUAUGCAGGAAGUCGCAGGCAUGAUUGGUAAUCUGCGCAACAUGGCCAUCGAUAUGGGCAGUGAAAUCACGCAACAAAACACGCAGGUGGAACGCAUCCACCUAAAGGUGAGGUUGCUUGUUUCUUCUCUUUUGCGUGUUCCAUCCCCCCACUGCAUUGUUGUGUUCAGGCCACCUUGUGCAGCUAUUUUAGCCGACUAA